CUCCCGGCAGCGUGCGACCCCUGCAUGGCCCAACAUGCUUCAAGGUACCUCGCCUUCUUCACCAGAUCCUUCCCCGCCUUGGCGCCCUUUUCCUUCCUGAGGUUCCGCCGUAAGACCGAGCUCCUGGCCUACCUGGUCCUGUGCGUCUCCAAGAUGCCCUUCAUCCCGCCCGUGUCGCUGGCACGCUCCGUGUCGGGACUGACCGGGAAGGACAAGGACGCCGCCGACAAGACCAAGGCGUCCAAGGAAGACAAGGGCACCUCGGUGAAAGAGCGCCUGGCGUUGAACCUCAAGCAGCUGGGCAAGAAGACCCCGCCCAGGAGUCACCUGCCCACCGCCAGGGGACCCCCGGGGGCGGAGCAGCAGGCGAAGAAAAAGGGCCUCCCGUCCGAGAGCGUCCUGGCUUGCGCCCCGGGGGCGUCCAUGGCGAAGACCCACCAGCGGAAACACGCCAACUCAAUAAGAAGUGAGCCGGAUUUUAGAAGCAGAACUAAAACUCAUCCGGACGAGACUCGCUUCACGCUGACGCUCACACCCGAGGCCGUGUUGUUGCUUCAGCGGCGGGACAGCGAGAGGCGCUCGGCCGCCGCCGCCAACAACGCCGGAGUCCCCGCCAACGCCCCGGACCCCAGACGCAGGAGGGACCCGCUCUCCUCCAAGAGGCACCCGGCCUCCGCGCCGCAGCGCCACAGCGCCCCCGCGGGCCGGAGGACUCAGUGCGACGCCAGCGCCGUGGUGAAGGUGUCGCUGCUCAACGAGCGGCACAAGUACGACGACGUGGAGUACGAGGACGAGCGGGACGGCGGCGUGGACGAGGGCGUGGUGCUCAAGUGCACCGAGUGGCUGCGGGGGCUGGAGAACACGCCGGUCUCGGUGGCGCUCAAAAAGAGCGCCAGCAGCUUGAAAAGCUUUUAGACAUUUUUAUGCUGAAUAUUAACGUACUUUUACACAAACGUUUUUCUUUGCUUUUUAAUUGGAUGUGACAACGGUGUAGUAGGCAUGCCAGGCCACUAGUUGGCAGUAUGACUUCUUAAAACUGCUGGCCCAAAUCUGUCCUUUUCACAUGUUUACCACCAAGGGCCACAAAGGGAAAAAUCUAAGUAUGCUUUUUGAUAUUUUAGCUAUUACGGUCGGUUGUUAAUAAUAAUAAUAAUAGAUUUAAAUUGUAAAAAAGCACUUUACAUUGAGUAAACAACCUCAAAGUGCUACAGUGUAUUAAAAAAAAUGAAAAUAAAAAGAUAAUAAAAAAUAAAUAACAAUAAAAAUUAAAGCUGCAAGCAGAGAUGGACGGGACCGACUUUGAGGGCUCAUAAAAUCCAAACCGGAGCAGUAAUUAAAACUCUUUCAUUCAAUUUUAAUCAGAAGGGUUCAAUCUCUCUCCUGUGCUAGUUUGAAGACGACACGACAAACGCGCUCAGAGGAGAUAAUGUUUGAAAAAAGGUGACUGUUUUCACACAACUUUUGUUUUGAAGGGGGAAUUGCAAAUUUCCUGUUAAUUUUUGCUGGAGGUUGUCAGUGUAUGAAAUAUAGGUCUAAGUGAGACCUACAUAAAGGUUUUUGUUUCAUGUCUCUACGACACUCCUACUGGAAGUUACAGGCAGUUUUGUCUGUAUUUUCUUCCUAGGGGGCGCAACAGCGCAAUUUUGAGUUUUGGGGUUUGGUUUUUUCUAUUAGAUCACAAUUUACGCCAGUCCUGAUGUGUGUGUCCAAUUUGGUGAGUUUUGAAGCAUGUUAAGGGGGUCAAAUUACAGCUCAAAGAGGCGGCGGUAUAAUAAUAAAACACAAGAAAUUCAAUAGGGUCCUCUGUCCCAAAGGGACUCGGUCCCUAACUAGAACAGCCAAAUAGCUAAAACUAGUAUGCAUAUAUCUAAAAAAAAGGCUUUUUUAAAAAGAAGGGUUUUUAAGCCUUUUUUAAAAGCAUCCACAGUCUGUGGUGCCCUCAGGUGGUCAGGGAGAGCGUUCCACAGACCGGGAGCGGCCAUUUUUUGUAGCUUUGUCCUUGGAGGUUGGAGGAGGUUAGCCUGUCCGGAGCGGAGGUGUCGUGUGGAGGAUUUGGGGGUGAGCAGUUCUUUGAGGUAGAGGGGGGCAUUUCCAUGGAGGCACUGGUGGGUUAGUAGGGAGACUUUGAAUUCAAUCCUGAGUGGAACAGGAAGCCAGUGAAGGGAUUUGAGAGUUGGUGUGGUGGAGCGGCCGUGCCAGCAACUUGAGGGUUCCUGGUUCGAUCCCCAAUUUCGCCAUCCUAGUCACUCCCGUCGUGUCCUUGAGCAAGACACUGCUCCCAGUGCCACCCACACUGGUUUAAAUAGAGCUUAAAGAUGUAGAUAAUGGGAUUCACUAUGUAAAGCGGCUUUGAGUCUCUAGAUAAAAGCGCUAUAUAAAUAUCAUUCACACUCACUUUUAUUUUGUAAAAAAAAAAAAAAACACAUUUGAAGACCACACCGAGUGUCAUCUUUGUGAGAAAGUGUACUGUCAUUAGUUAUUACAGGGGGGUCCAAAGUGCGGCCAGGGGGUCUAUUUAUUGUUUUAAUUGGUUUUACCCUUUAAAAUCGUUUUUAAUCAUAUUUUUUAUUUUUAUUGUUUUUAUAUUGGUUUUAUAUUUAUUUAUUUUGUUUUUAUUCAGUCAUUGCUGGAGCUAAGGAUAGUAUUUGAAUCUUUUUUUUUUUUAAAUUAUUUUUGUGCAGCACUCUGGAAACAUUGUUGUUGUUUAAAUGUGCUAUAUAAAUCAAGUGGAUUGGAUUGGAUUGAAAAAAAUAAAAUAACAUUAAAAAUGUAAGGAAAAAAAGGGGCAAAAAGACGUAAUGUAAUGACAAAAAGCUGACAUUUUGAUACUAAUAACUAUUAAUAAAAUUUGUCACUUAUAACACAAAACUGACUACGUUCAAGGUUUGGAAUUGGGGGUUAAAUCCCCAAAAAUGAUUCUCGGGCGCGGCCACCGCUGCUGCUCACUGCUCCCCUCACCUCCCAGGGGCUGAUCAAGGGUGAUGGAUCAAAUGCAGAGAAUAAUUUCGCCACACCUAGUGUGUGUGUGACCAUCAUUGGUACUUUAACUUUUACUUAACUUAAUUGGUUUUACCCUUUAAAAUUGUUUUUAAUCAUAUUUUUUAUUUUUAUUGUUUUUAUAUUGUUUUUAUAUUCAUUAUUUUGUUUUUAUUCAGUCAUUGCUGGAGCUAAGGAUAGUAUUUUAAUCUUGUUUUUAUUAUUUUUGUGCAGCACUCUGGAAACAUUGUUGUUGUUCAAAUGUGCUAUAUAAAUAAAGUGGAUUGGAUUGGAUUGAAAAAAAUAAAAUAACAUUAAAAAUGUAAGGAAAAAAAGGGGCAAAAAGAUGUAAUGUAAUGACAAAAAGCUGACAUUUUGAUACUAAUAAGUAUUAAUAAAAUUUGUCACUUAUAACACAAAACUGACUACGUUCAAGGUUUGGAAUUGGGGGUUAAAUCCCCAAAAAUGAUUCUCGGGCGCGGCCACCGCUGCUGCUCACUGCUCCCCUCCCCUCCCAGGGGCUGAUCAAGGGUGAUGGAUCAAAUGCAGAGAAUAAUUUCGCCACACCUAGUGUGUGUGUGACAAUCAUUGGUACUUUAACUUUUACUUAACUUAAUUGGUUUUACCUUUUAAAAUAGUUUUUAAUCAUAUUUUUUAUUUUUAUUGUUUUUAUAUUGUUUUUAUAUUCAUUUAUUUUGUUUUUAUUCAGUCAUUGCUGGAGCUAAGGAUAGUAUUUUAAUCUUGUUUUUAUUACUUUUGUGCAGCACUUUGGAAACAUUGUUGUUGUUCAAAUGUGCUAUAUAAAUAAAGUGGAUUGGAUUGGAUUGAAAAAAAUAAAAUAACAUUAAAAAUGUAAGGAAAAAAAGGGGCAAAAAGAUGUAAUUUAAUGACAAAAAGCUGACAUUUUGAUACUAAUAACUAUUAAUACAAUUUGUCACUUAUAACGCAAAACUGACUACGUUCAAGGGUUGGAAUUGGGGGUUAAAUCACCAAAAAUUAUUCCCGGGCGUGGCCACCGCUGCUGCUCACUGCUCCCCUCACCUCCCAGGGGGGUGAUCGAGGGUGAUGGGUCAAAUGCAAAGAAUAAUUUCACCACACUUAGUGUGUGUGUGACAAUCAUUGGUACUUUAACUUUAACUAAAACUGACUACGUUUUUUAAUAUAUGAUUCUGUUUGUCGCAUUUUUUUUUCGCAUAAUAAAAAAAUAUUAAAAAUUUCCCCCAAAUACUUAAGACUUUUCAAAAUUGUUUCAAAAUUACAUCACAUUUUUUUUGCUCUUUCUUUCUACAUUUUUACGACAACAACAUUGAAAUAACCCCCGGGCCGCACUUUGGACACCCCUGCCUUAAAUGGUCAAUUUACGGUAUUAGAAUGUUAAGUAUAAAAUAGGUCAUACGAAGUCAACAAUAGAAGUGUCAUUUUUAAACAAUUUUUUUUAUUUUAUAGUAGUCUCUGAUUUUUUUUUUUUAAUCU